ACCGAGCUCGAGCAAAAACAGCCCUGGCUGCCAGCGAGGACGCCCUCUCCACUUCUUCCGUGACUAGAGGAAGAACCUCACAGCCCCGGAAUCCCAGCUCUGCGUUGCCAAGGCCCCGCGAGGCCCCGCAAAGCCCCGGCAGAGCCAAGCAGCUCUCAGGCAGUAACAUGACGGCCCAGCAGACGCCGCGCGCCGCGAUCUCCCCGGCCCUGAAACAACGAGCUUCUGAGACAAGGAGCGCCUUCGCAAAUCAAGAUGCGGCCGCGUCCAAGCAAGCCCACGACGAGACCAUCAGAGAUUGGGAAGAAGACGGGCACGGCGAGGGCGACGCCGCCGUCGAGGUCUAUCGGCGCGUCGAUGCGUUGCAAGCUGGGCUGUGUUUAGCUAUAUUGCUGGAGAGCGCGUUUGGAAGUUCACUAGAGCGAAAAAAACUCGUCGCGAUCGGUCUAUCCCUAGCCACGGCCCACGCUCUCCGAGAAUGGACGACGCAGACCUGGUAUGCAAGGCAUUAUUAUAGAGAACGCCAGCGGGAAGAAUGGGAGCUCGAGAAUUAUGCCCAAGGGGAGCGCGCGGAGAUGGUCGGCCUCUGGUGCUACAAAGGACUGACGAAGCCCGACGCGGAGCGGUGCAUCGAUCUGCUGGCGUCGUACAAAAAGUUCUUCGUGGAUCUCAUGAUGACGGAAGAACUCAGAAUGUUCGCGCCGCCGUCAGAUGCGGGGUAUCGGCGAAUUACAGGGGCGUUGCUGGUCGCGAUGGGGUGCGUGCUGCCCCUGUUGCUCGGGGGCGUGCUGGAUCACAUGUAUGGUUCUUUGAAUAGCUUCCCGCGGGCGUCGUGCUCCCACCUCGUCACGUGCGGGUCGGCGACGUCGGCGCUGGCCUUCACGGGCGCGUGGCGCGCGUCUACCUCUCGCUUGCCGGAGCAGCGCCACGCGUUGGAAGCGGCCAUGUUGGGCGCGGCGUGCUACGUCGUCCCCCGGCUCCUCCUCUAGGCGCGCUCCGCCGUUCUGCGCGUAAAUCACUGACUGUCAGGAAGGCCGCGCGCGCGUUUGCUCGUCGGUAAAGCGCCGGACGCGGCCGAAGAAGAAGCUCCACCACGCAGUCUCGACGUUCGAGCUCGCGAAGCGGUCCGCGGCCAAGAGUGCUUCGCGGACCCAAUUUCGCUGACUGAUACCUAGCGGGGAGCACACACUAGCGUUGCUGCGGCAGGAAACAGGGCAUACUGCGAUCAACGCCACACGCGAGCAAGCAAGACUACAUAUAUAGCCUCUCGCCUAGUCUUCUCGCAAGCGAUGCGACAAACGCAGCUCUUUCCGCCGUAGUAGACCAUGAAGACGAGCUACCUCAUUUUAGCGUCGCUCGCCGCGGCCGUCGUCGCGGCGCCGGAGAGCGACUGCAGCGAGCGGCGCGACAGCCGCGAGGUAUGCCCCAUCUCGCAAAGAAGGAUGACGCCCGCUCCUAGUGGCCGCGGCGUCGACGCGGUGAAGGAUGCGAUUAGGGAUUUCUUACGCACGGGCGCACGCGGGCGGCGGCCGCCACGACCGUGCCGAAGUGACGUCGGGUCUCGUCUACGCCGCAAUCGGUCGCGCGACACACACUGAACAAUUGUCGGCGGACAGGCGUGGUUCUCGGUGCCUUCCGAUCGAGCGCGGUGGGACCAGUGCCCGGUCUGCCAAAAAAAACGUGGACUUGAGCGGUACAGUGGUCCGUACUACUUUCGGGUGACCCUAUACGAGUUCCCACUGCCCGCCGACGUCCCCGAGGAGUGUAAGUUUUUGUCUUAGA